AUGGCCCCCAACACUGCAAUUGUCCUAGACAGGACGCUGUACGAUCUAUACCGCCUCGACAACGAAAAUGGGAUCCAGCCAACCCUGAUAUACAAGCAGUUUGGUGCCUACAACCAGGGAGCAACUACUGGAAUCAAAUUCAUCUACAAUUCAGGAUUCUCUGAGCCGCGGGCGACUAGAGAUGAAACCACGGAUGCGCUGGACAAACUGCGGUUGAGGGCUUCGCCUCAACGCCUUGGGUUUGGAGCUGGAAAUAUGCAGAUAAUUGUCAUCAGCUCAGAGCUAGCUCAAGAGGCAAUCAAGAAGGACGAAGCUGAGCUGCACAGGAGCUUUUCUCAAUUACCACGCGACCAGCAGCCCCGUGUGACUUUUCUAACGAAGUUGGACAAAAUCACCCUAGAGCCGGGCUCCCUCCUUGCUCUGAGUCGGCCUACCGAUUCUCUGAUGCAUCUACCACAUCUUGCCGACCCGGAUACACAUUACGAGAUUCUAUCGAAGCGUGGGUUAGCCCACUCAGGGCUUCCAACACCACCAUCCACGGUAAUCGACCCAUUGCUCCGACCUGACGAGGUGUACGAUCAGGCCAAAUUGUCGGCAGAGGUCGCCCGCAUGAUCCUCCCUCUGGAAAAAUAUCAGAUACCCUUCGUCGUGAAGCUUCCACAGUCGGCAGGAAAGGGUACUUAUAUCGUACUUUGUGAAGCUGAUCGCCUGCGAGUCAAGGAAAUGCUUCAACUCUGGUUGCAGGGCAUGCUCGUGCAAAUCAAACCAAUCAACUAUCACCUAAAUCCGUGCUCCCUAGUCCUGCAGAAGUUCAUUACCGGCAAGGUAGUCGCACUAUCACUGUUCGUGACCCCGAAAGGUCGUGCCGUCUUCAUAGGAUGCUGCAAGCAACGCUUCAACAAAUACGGCCAUUGGAUCGGAGGUUCCAUCUCGUAUGAGGAUCAGGAUGCAAUGCACAAGAUGUACGCGGGAUGUAUGGAGAAGGUUGGCCUGUUCUUGCAACAGAAAGGCUACCACGGGCCUGCGGGAAUAGACAUCCUCACAACCAGAUCGGGGGAGCAGUAUGUUAUAGAUCUCAACGUCCGUCUCACUGGCUCAUACAACUUGGGUCUGCUCACUGGACACUUUACAAAGAGAGGAUUAGGCUGCGCCACGUUGGAAAAGGGAAACUUCUCCUGUUCAAGGGCGCAAUUUGAGGAAACGUUUAGUCGUGAGAUGGACGAAGGGCGCAUUAUCAUCACGGCCUGGACCCACGAUGAGUCUACUUCUCUGAGCUAUGGUGUUUUUAUCAUCGGUGGAAUUGAUCGUAUGGAGAUAAGGAGGUUGAUUGGACGGGUCCAGGCUUUUACUGUCUUCGCUGGAGCCCAUGUCGGUGGAUGUUAG